UCUCUUUUACUUCAUCAUUAUUCACCAUCAUUCUAAAAUACAUAUUUAAACACGUAUAUAAUUAUAUACAUGUCUCCUCUUCCUCCAUUAGGGUCACAUGAAAAUUCGUCUACAAAUUCUAUAGUAAAAACUAACACUAACAUGCCUUUAUUACCUUCGUCAAAACACACUGGCGCUAGCUCAACCAAUAAACAAAAUGAACAGCCUAUGGAUCUAUUUUUGAAUCAUACUGCCGAAUAUAAUGCUCAGGAGCUUGGAUUUGUCAAUUCUAAUGUGUUGUUAACUCAUGAACCAAAUAAUAUUAAAGUUAAACAGGAAUCUGCAUCCCAACAACAAACUGAAUCCUUUAAAUUAACAAAAAAAGGGAAACAAAAAUCAAAAGAAACCGGACAUUCUUCUUUACUUCAGGUAUUUACAAAUCCCUUGUUACAUGCUAUUCCACUUUUAGCAAGGAAUUGCUUAAAUUUCGAAGAUUUCUUGGCUCAGACGUCCCUUCCUGGUCAAAGCUUACUUGGCCCAGAAGAAUUAGAAAAUGACACAGAUGCUAAUCUUGCUUCGUCACCAAUUAUACAAAAUGAUAGCCCAUGGCAUAUUCGAGUCUUAGGUCUGCCUCAUACAGGCGCAAAAUCUAGAGUAGAGACACAAAUCAAAAUAUGUUUACAACUAGUAGAUACAAAAGGAGAAUUAGCAACUAAUUGGUCGCAUAUUAAAUUACCAGAACAUUUAGUUGCCAAAGAUAAACUAAAGCGUAAAAAUCAAAAAUAUGGUACAGAAGAGCACGUUUCUCCUGCAGAUACCCAAGUUUUAAUCUUAGAAGCUGGUGUUAUUUGUGAUAGUCAGCCUGAUAAUGAAAUUAUCAUGUGUACAAGUUGUGUUCAUCGUGAGCGUAAACGUCUAAAAAGAAAACGUGAUAAUAAAGUUGCUCGAGCAGUCAAUAAAGAAGGAGGGGCAGCGAAAAUAGCUGCAUUAUUUGCUAAUGAUUUACCUGAUCUAAGUGAUGAAAAUAUAAUGGCAGAAGAAAGAAAAAAAAUCAUAUUAUUCAAUUGUAAUGAAUAUGUUGAUUUUAAUACCGGUGAGACCACUUUACCUACAAGAAUAACUUGUUACUGCCGACAUCAUAGCGAGAAGACAGGAUUUAGGCUUAAAUUUACUUUGAGAGAUAAUUUAAACCAUGUGAUAGCUAUAGGUCGGUCACCUCCUAUUAUGAUUACAGAUGACCAUAAAAGUUCGAAAAUGCAGUUAAUAGCCGCAAAAAAGAGAGCACGUACAGAUUUGGAGAGUGAAAGUGAUGCACCUUCCACAUCAAAGAGAAAAUCAGCAACUAAUGGGGACGCUGAAACUGAUUCAGGAGUAUCAAGUCCUAUUGUAUCUACACCUGCUACUCCUUCUUCUCAACUUGAUGAUCUACCUGAAAGCUCAGUUAAAACAACAUCAUUUGAUAAUAAUAACAGUAACAUGAAUGUUGUGUCAACUACAGUGACAAAUAAUCAUACCACUCCAAGUACUAAUUAUAACCAACCCUAUUUAGUUGUAAAUAACCAACAACAUCCAUUGGCUGAGAAUAAUCAGGGACAUUUUAUCUCUCAAUUACAGCAGCCACAACAACAUAUAAUGUCAUCUACUAAUGCUACUAUGCUCAAUAAUACUCAUCAUUCACUAUUACAGCCUAAUGUUGGUCAAAUGCCUCAAAAUGAAUUACUUGAUUUUCUUAAUUCUAAUAAUUUAAGCAUGCUACCAGAUCAACAACAUCCUAUUCCUGAUAAUCAACAACAAAUAGUAUCACAUUUUGAUCAAAACACGAUGAUGCAAAAUAAUAUAAAUAUGCAUGUAAAUAAUAACAGAAGAAGAACUACUAUACCAGUAAUGAACCAUGGCAUAUUACCCAGCCAACAACAACCGUAUCAUAAUAAUAAUAACAUAUAUACUAAACUUCAAGAAAGACACACAAUAGAAAGUAGUAAAAUACCUCAAUUGCCACGUUUGCAUCGAUUGAUUCCUUCUGAGGGCCCUAUCUAUGGUGGUUCUGAGGUCACAGUACUUGGAUCUAAUUUUUAUGAAGGAUUAACAUGUAUGUUUGGUGAAAAUCCUGCUAUUCCUACUCAUUGUUGGAGUGCAAAUACACUUUUAUGUAUUUUACCACCUGCAGCAACAGCAGGACCUGUCGUUGUAUCAUUUAAAGAACAUCCUUUAAUGCUAGAAGGGCAAGAUGUAGUGUUAUUUACUUACUUUGAUGAGAGUGAUCGUGCUUUAAUGGAGCUUGCCUUACAAGUUGUUGGAUUAAAAACAAUGGGUAAAGUUGAAGAUGCGCGUCAAAUUGCUAUGCGCAUUGUUCAAGGCGAUAACAACAACAACAACAAUAAUAAUAACCAUGGGAAUACCUCAACCACAACAACGACAGCACCUAAUCAUCAUCGCUCAGUGUUAACGCAUAUGGCUGCAAAUGCUAUCUAUGAUAAUGCACAUAGCUUAUUUUUACCUCAUCUCGAAGAGCUUGUUGCAUCAAGCAUGCUUGCAUUACAUAAUAUGAACAGUUCACAUAAUUCAGAUUAUCUUUCUUUGACAAAUCGUAAUCAACAUAGCUUAUUACAUUUAGCUACAAUUUGUGGGCAUGUGGGACUGGUGAAAACAUUAAUAAAAUUAGACUGUAAUGUAAAUCAAGUAGAUAAGAAUGGCUUUACUGCGCUCCAUUUUGCAAGCUGGUCUGGCAAAGUAGAAAUUGUGGAAUUACUAAUAGAUCUAAGUAAUUUAAAAUUAGUCAAUCGUGUUGGUAAAACAGCAGAGCGAUUAGCAAUAGAAGCAGGGCAUAAGCGUAUCAUACAAUUAUUUAGAAGAAGACAACAACAGAAGUCAGUAGUUAUAGCUGAAAAGAAUACAAAAAUCCCUUUAACUGAUUUUAUUCUUUCUGAUCUUGUCGGUUUUGUAACAUCUAUUUUACCUACAAGUAUAUCAAAUCUUUUAUCAAGUCUCUAUACAUUUUCUACAACGACUAGUUGUGGUAGAAGAUUAACACAUUCUGCUACACAAGUUUAUAACUUUAUGUUAGAUCCCUUUUAAACCUUAUCAUUACUCUAUUAUAUAUAUACACAUAGUAGCAUCCAUUUACACACACACACACACACACACAU